CCGGCCCCAGGGAGCCAGAUAAUAAUUCGUGACUUUGUGAUUUGCCUUACUUUUGGUUAAGGUUAAAGAACUAUGUUAGAUGUAAAUGUCGCUAUGAGGGUAAAGAUUGUUGUUACCUGCUUAAUACUGUUGGGGACUCUGCUUAUUAAGUCAGGUGAUGGAGCAACUGACAUCUUAGUCUCUCCCACUCUUCCGAAUGGAAGACAGUGUUUCUGCCCUGGUGAUGUGGAGACCUACAUUUGUACUGUAGUCGGUGGAGGUUUUACACGGUGGUCAGGAACUGCCUUUGACUGUUCUUUAACUGGCAAUAACAUAGUAUUAAUUCAUUUUAUGUACCCUGGUGUUGCUUCAACCUGUACAAGUGCUAUUAGCGGUAAUGGUACUUCAGUGGACAAUAGUACUAGUGGAAUAGAACCUUGCUACACAUCAGAACUGUCAGUUACUAUCAGUACCCACAUGGAUGGACAAUCUGUAGUAUGUUCUAGAGAUUCUACCGUGAUAGGCAGUGAUUCCUUGCAAGUAGCAGGUCCACCCCCACCACCCACUAAUGUGAUGGUGACAGCUGUUGAUGUGUCCACAUUCUCUGUAACUUGGAUGGACUUAACCAGUGGCUGUAGAACCUCGUCGUCUUAUGAUAUCAUCUCGGAUUGUGGAGGCUCUUGUUCAGUUUCAACCAACAUGUUAGGAGGAGUUUGUUCUGGUUGGACUGCUCCACAGAGCUGCUCAGUUAUGGUCAGGGCAAACUCUGACUUGUGUGGUGGUCAGACUGGAAGCUUCAGCACUCCUGUAAUGCUAAACUUAAUGGAACCGUCUCCCCCUCCUGUUGGUGAUGUCAGUGUGCUGGCAGUGUAUUCUGAUGACAGCCUCGACUCUAUCAUUGUUACCUUCCCAGCAGUGACUCCUGUUGAGGUUGCUCCUGGUUUGUCUCCUGCAGUUACUUACUCCGUACAAACUGUCGGUGAUCCACAAGUUGUUCUCAUGAGCGACUGCAAUGCUACCCUGUGUCAGUACCAGACUAGUGAUAAUCGCCCCAGCAACCCCUUUACUGUGACUGUGACUGUGUCCAAUGGAAUAGGAGGUGGUCAAUCAGUGAAUACACCCUUCCAAGUGCCAGUCAGCAUCUCUUCAUUGGUGACUUUGACAGUAGUUGUAAAUGAUUCCAAUGCUACUGUGUCCGCUCAUCUGUCCAGUGGUUUCCAAGGCUCAACCGGUUUUACAGUGACCUACGGAAUCAUGUCUAACUGUGAUGCCAAUACUGUAAUUUCAGCUAACAGAACGGCUGGGGAUACUCUGGAAGUUAUCCGUACAUCUCUACAACCUAAUUUAACUUAUUGUUAUUCCAUUUACUUCAACCAAGGAGUACUAUCAUUUAAGGUGACGGGAGUAUUACGCUCAGAAUGUGAUGUAGCUGAAUUGUUUGAAGGUCCAAUAGAACCCUCGGAGAUGUGUUUAAUGGAUGGUUUUGUUGGUGGUAUUAUCAUUUCCAAUGGGAGUGUGUGCUACAAUGGGACCACCCCUGGAGCCCAAAACUUUGCCAUACCGUUCUGUAAUAAGGGCACUCACCUACUUUCAGGUGACUCCUCUCCAUACAGAGAGUGUUUGAGCAAUGGUGAAUGGAGUGGUACUGUUGCUCAGUGUGAACCCUUACUUCCAGGUUCACAUUCAGUUCAAAGUUGGGUUAUAGCUGUCAUUAUAUGUGCGGUUAUCUUCUCCUUUGCUAUUGGAAUUAUUGUGGGAAUAUUGCUCACUCUUUUUUGUGGGAUGUGUGUACAAGGAAUUCGACGAAGAAAGUGUGGCACUCUACUGUUGGUCAUUCUUCUUAUAAUCGUGUUUGGCCUGGGAAUUGGUAUUCUCAUUGGCUACUGCUGUGUGAAGAACAAGAAAGAGAAAGAUGACAAAAAGCACUUGGAGUCUCAAGAAAUAAAUCCACCUCCUGCUGACUCCCUCUAUGCUGACCCCAACACCAUUGAGCACGAGGCAGCCCCAGGCACUGAGGACCAGUACGCCAUGGUUGAUAGAAAGGUCAAAAAGAACACGAAACCAAAGCCAACUCCACCAGAAGCUCUGUAUCAGGACCCCAACACGAUUGAACACGAGACCGCUGCCUCCGGAGACACUUAUGCCGUGGUGGACAAGCCCAAGAGGUCCUCCAACAAGAAGGGAGGGCCAGAUGUGGUUCCACCAGCCAGCGAGGGGGGGCUGACCUAUGCCGAUAUUGAUCUGAGCAGCAAACGUCCAAAGCCAGGCAGUGGUCGACAGGCACCCCAACAACCCGGAGAAUAUCCAAAAGAACAUCCGGUGGAGUAUUCCAGCGUGGAUCAUGGCAACACCUCUCAGCUGUAAACAAGAGAACAUCGAUUUAAGAAACGAACAAAAGAGUACUCUGUUGCUAGAUUAUAUUUAACUUGAUUGUUAGAUGUGUAGUGUAGCUAGUUAGCGUUGUAGUAAUAAGCACGAGAUGCUGAAAAUAAAAUUACGUGUGAACACAGUCAUCUCCUACCCUCCUUUAUAACCUCUCAUCACUAGUAUGAGUGUUUUUGUACUAUCAUGAAGAGUAGACAUUUAUUAUUGUUAUGAUUGUUAUAGUCUUGCGGGACAUUAAAAAUGUUAUCGAAUGUCAA